UCGAGGGACACGCGGGAAAAGAAGGAGACUGCGCGGGCGUUCCCGGGCAGAGCUGUGCCGCCGCUGUGCGACGCCGCCGGCGCAAGGGGAGAGGAGCACGCUCCUGCCGCCGGCUCCCUCCGCCCGUCCCGGCGGGAUCCUCCUCCCCGCCCGCUUCGACGGGAUCUUCCUCCGCGGCGGCCUCCUCCGCUCUGGGCCGGCGACUCCCUCCGCCCUGCGACGUCCGCCCGGCGCCGACGACUCCCCUCUGCGACAAAUCUUGCAGGUAAUCAUGAGUAAUCAGCUCAAUUCAUAAUGUUUGUGUCCAGCAUAUGGACUGUUUUCAGUAGGUUUUUGUGUCCUGCAUAUAGACUGUUUCCAGUAGGUUCAUCAAUGAUAUGCGUAAAUAGUUUAGGCCAGAUCUUGUGUUGUAAUACUGCAGGUAGCCUGCGUGAGGAUUUGUAUGAUAUUUGUAUUGUUGUAUUUGACAGGUUAUUUUGCUGAUUGGGGUGAUGUGCUAUGCAAUUUGAGAAAAAAAAUUUAUUUUGUGCAUUUGCAAGUCUUCUGUAAUGGGAGAAAUUGAGAAGUGGAUACCUCGGGUUGGUAUGAGGUUCAGAAAUCCAGAUGAAGCUUGGAUGUUUUGGCUUGCAUAUGGAGGUCGUGCAGGGUUUGAUGUGAGGAAGAGAAACAAGCAUAUAAGCAAGUGUGAUGGUCAAGUAUCUUCAUGCAGAUUUGUUUGUUCGAAUGAGGGUAUUCGGAAAAAAGGGUUAACAUUGGAUCAUGUGCCAAAGCGUAGUAGAGCUGAAACAAGAACAAAUUGCAAAGAUCGGAUGAUCAUAACAUUGGAUCGAGUGGAAAACAAUUAUGAAGCCACGGAUAUUCAGCUGGAACACAAUCAUUACCUACAGUUGCCACAAACCUGCCACUUGAUGUCAUCGCAAAGAAAGAUUUCAGAGGUACAAGCUUUUGAAAUAGAAGCCGCUGAGGAUUCUGGAAUCAUGCCCAAAGCUGCACAUGAGUUAGCUUGUCGUCGAGUUGGUGGACCAUUUAACCUCGGCUACACUUGUCGUGACCAAAAGAAUUACUUGCGAAGCAAACGACAAAGAGAGUUGGCUUUUGGACAAGCGGGUAGUAUGCUGAAGUAUUUCCAUGAUAAGAUCAUCGAGAACCCAUCUUUCCAAUAUGAUCUGCAGUUGGAUUGUGAGGAGAAUAUAGCCAACAUAUUCUGGGUUGAUGCUAAAAUGGUUCUUGACUAUGCACACUUUGGUGAUGUUGUCACAUUUGAUACUACUUUGGCACAAACAAAGAAUACAGGCCCUUUGGUGUUUUUCUUGGGCUCAAUCAGUUUAGAGAAACCACCAUUUUUGGUGCUGCGUUGCUAUUUGAUGAAACAUGUGACUCAUUUGUAUGGCUUUUUGAGACUUUUCUAGCUACACAUAAUGGAAGGCAGCCUCGAACUAUUUAUACGGAUCAAGAUGCCGCAAUGGGGAAAGCUAUAGGGAAAGUCUUCACAGAAUCAUACCAUGGAUUGUGCACCUUCCAUAUAAUGCAAAAUGCGGUCAAACAUUUAUCUCCAUUGAAGGGCGAAGAAAAAGAUGAAGGGAAAGAGAAAGAGAAAGAUGAAGAGAAAGAUGAAGAGGAAGAGUCUCAUAUUCUCACAGAUUUUAGUGAAUGCAUGUAUGGCUAUGAGGACAAAGCAGAAUUUGAAGAAGCAUUUGACAAUAUGAGACAUAAAGUGCAUAAGCAAAGUUGGUUAGAUAGUAUCUACAAGUUGAAAGAAAAGUGGGCUGAAUGCUAUAUGAGAGAUGUGUUCAGUUUGGGAGUGAGAAGUACACAACUUAGUGAGAGCUUCAACAAUUCAUUGAAAAACCAUUUGAAAUCAGAUUUUCAUAUUGUUCGGUUCUUGAUGCAUUUUGAGAGGACAGUGGAGGUAAAAAGAAGACAGGAAUUGCAAUCUGAAUUUGAGGCAAGGAAGAAGAUACCAAGAAUCAAGAUGCACACACCUAUGUUGGUGCAAGCAAGCAAAGAGUACACUCCAAUUAUUUUUGAAGCUUUUCAAGGUGAAUAUGAAAGAGCCAUGGCUGCGUGCACUAGAGUAUUGGAUGAGGAUAACAAAUUUGCGGUUUCUAUUUUGCAUGGUGAUUUAAAAUUUGAGGAUGAGCGCAUGGUGAUUGGUGAUCCUUUGACCAAAACAGCCGCAUGUAGUUGUGGAAUGUUCGAUAGGACGGGAAUAUUGUGUGGACAUAGUCUCAAAGUUCUUGAUCUAAUGAACAUAAAGACAUUGCCAACACAUUAUAUCCUAAAAAGAUGGACUAGAGAAGCACGCAAUGGAAGCAUACAAGAUAGACAAGGAAGGAAUGUGGUCGAAAAUCCAAAGUUGGAAGCUCAACUUCGGUACAAGCAUUUGUCCCACAAAUUUCAUAGUUUGGCACGUAAAGUAGCCAACUCCGAAGAGUGUUGUUUGAUGUUAGAAAAUGCAAUUGAUUUUGUUGGUCCACAAAUAGAAGAUAAACUUAAUGCAACUACCAAUGCUUCCGUUAAUCCAUGCAAUGAUCAAGAAAAUAUUGACCCAAAUGUGCAACUACCAAAUGAGCUUCUUAGUGCCGCAAAGCUCAAGAAGAAAGAGGUACAAUCAAAGAAUUUGAGGAGGAAGAAAACUUGGCUUGAUAAGUUACUCAAGGGGAAGCGGAAGCCAACUAAAGUUACCACAUCAAAAAACAAAGGAGCAAAGCAACAAAAGAAACAUGAUGGUGUAGAGCCUCAAGUAGGAGUGAAGAAGAAGGAUGGCAGCCAUAAAGGAGCAAAUGUGGAGCUUCAAGAAUGUAAUGCAAUCAUGAGUUUUACUGAGCUCUUGACAGCUCCCCAUUGUGGUGUUUAUGAUGAAGAUAUGUUCUAGCCUGUACAAGCUUGUUAGAUAGUUAUUUUGGACAUGGUUGAGUAAUAUUUUGGACAGGGCUGACUAUAGUUUUUUGGAUUUUGGGGCUAACUAUAGUCGUGUGUGGCCGAAGUGUAUAAGUAGAAUGGCCUACUUUAUGUAAGAAUGCAGAAUUUGAGUAUCAAAUGCUAUAAAAUUUCAUUGCUAUGUGACUCAAAAUUGCAUCUUUUGCCUGUAUAAUAUGUUCUUUUUAUAAAGCUUUGGUUCAGAUCCCUUGUAUAAUCAGUAUAAUCAGUUUGUUGUUG